UAACCAAAAUUUAAUUAGCAAAAUACCAUCUUUAUUAUUAAUUUAUAUAGAGAAAGAGCUCUCUCUCUCAUCUCAUCACACUAUAUGUCCAAGAUGUAUUCCCAUGCAGCUGCCAAUAAUUUAUCCAUGGCCAUUUCCACAAUGCUCCUACUUGGGCUGCUGCUUAUGUCAACUUUAGACACAACAGCUGCCCAAAUUGGAGUUUGCUACGGACUGUUGGGCAACAACUUGCCACCUCCACAAGAAGUUGUGAAUCUCUACAGACAGAACAACAUCCGAAGAAUGAGACUGUACGGUCAGAACGACGCCGUUUCUCAAGCUCUGAGAGGGACCAACAUUGAGCUCAUGCUGGGUGUACCGAAUAAUGCACUCGAAGGUAUUGCCAACAGCCAAUCGACAGCUGACAGGUGGAUCCAAAACAACGUCAGAAACUACAACGACGUAAAGUUCAAGUACAUCGCCGUGGGAAACGAAAUCAACCCCUCCGAUAGAGCUGCACAGUUUCUCGUUCCGGCCAUGGAAAGGAUCCAAAACGCCAUCAACUCCGCUGGGCUUGGGAAUCGGAUCAAGGUCUCGACCUCGGUCCACACUGGAAUCCUUGCCGACUCUUUCCCACCUUCUAAAGGUUCUUUUAGGUCCGACUUUAGGCCUAUAAUGAACCCUGUAAUCCGGUUCUUGGUGAGCAACAGAUCUCCAUUGUUGCUCAACUUGUACCCUUACUUUAGUUACAUUGGUAACACCAAGGACAUUUCUCUUGACUAUGCUCUGUUCAGAUCCCAGUCGGUUGUGGUGAGAGACGGCCAAAAUGAGUACCGAAAUCUUUUUGAUGCGAUCUUGGAUGCUGUGUAUGCAGCUCUGGAGAAGUCCGGCGGAGGGUCUUUGGAGAUUGUCAUUUCGGAGACUGGUUGGCCUUCGGCUGGGGGAACAGCGACGUCGUUUGAGAACGCCAGGAUUUAUAAUGGAAACUUGAUUCAACAUGUGAAGGGAGGGACUCCGAAGAGACCAGGGAAGCCUAUUGAGACUUAUUUGUUUGCCAUGUUCAAUGAGAAUCAGAAGACCCCUGAAUAUGAGAAGCAUUGGGGACUUUUCUUCCCCAACAAACAGCCCAAAUACAAUAUUAAUUUGAAUUAAUAAGUGUAGUGAGGAUUAUUGUGUUAAGUACGUACUUGAUGUGUGUGUGUAAUAAGGACCAAGUUCAUGAUUUGUUUCUUUAUAUGAUCCUAUUUACAUGUAAUAAUAAUAUAAAAGUUCACGUGAGAAGUCAGCAUGGAAAAAACAAUGUUGGCUAACUCCGAUAAAUAAAGGGAAAUUUGAGUUUUAUGCUU